GAAGAAAUUAUGCCGGUUAACGUUGAUGUCAAAACUCAUCUAUCUAGUAAGCUGAUACAGAGGUUGAAACUGAUUUUCGGCCUCCUAUUUUCUGGGGUUUGUAUUUUUCCAUACAUAUAUAAACAUUGUGGAAAAAGAGUUUUAAAAAAUUAUAAAAAAAAAAAUCCCGAUCUACAAUGGCAGCUCCGGCAGUGGAAGGCGCAACUGUGACGGCGCUACGAGCGGUGCUGCACCGCGUCAGGCUCGCGGCAGAGAGGUCCGGCCGCCGCGCCGAUGAUGUAAGGGUGGUGGCCGUGGGCAAGACCAAGCCAGCCUCCCUCAUCGACCAACUCUACGACGCCGGGCACCGUCGUUUUGGCGAAAACUACGUCCAGGAAAUUAUUGAAAAAGCUCCUCAGCUGCCUGAGGAUAUUCAGUGGCAUUUCAUCGGGCAUUUGCAGAGCAAUAAAGUGAAAGCGCUACUGACUGCUGUUCCAAAUCUAACCAUGGUCGAGGGUGUUGAUAAUGAGAAGGUCGCCAAUAAUCUUGAUCGUGUAGUUUCGAAUAUUGGAAGGCAGCCUUUGAAGGUUUUGGUUCAAGUGAACACCAGCGGUGAAGUAUCGAAAUCUGGUGUGGAUCCAUCAGAAUGUUUAGAUCUUGUGAAGCAUGUCAAGCGAGGCUGCCCGAACCUCGAGUUUUCUGGAUUAAUGACAAUAGGGAUGCCGGAUUACACAUCAACCCCUGAGAACUUUAAGACUUUAUAUAACUGUAGAGCUGAGGUAUGCAAGGCACUAGGAUUGAUAGAGUCUCAGUGUGAGCUGUCAAUGGGCAUGUCCGGUGACUUCGAGAAAGCGAUUGAAAUGGGCAGUACUAGUGUAAGAAUUGGAUCAACCAUUUUCGGACCAAGGGACUAUUCAAAGAAGAAAUGAGUUUAUUAUAUGUUUGCACUGUAUUAAUAUUCAUUAGCUGGGAUCCUACAUUCCUACUAUUGUAUUAUGGUGUAGCAAAACGGGUCAAAAAGAAAACCGGUUUGCGCUGUGUAUAUGCACGAGUAUACUAUAAUGACGAAUGUUUUGUAAAUCAAAUACCAUGAUAACUAAACGGUCUUGUGAGGAUUUUGCGUAUUUUGA